AUGCCGGAAGCGCCUGUUCCUGGCGUGUUUCCGGUUGGCGGCUGGGCGGGGGCGAGUCACGUUAUAUCCGGGAGAAAGGGGGCGGCCUGGGGCCUGACCUCUGACCCUUGGGCUCCGUGAUCCCCCGAGGGGUCCCCGCACAGGGUCGGGGGCAGCUCUGAGGAGCAAGUCACUGCCUCCCACCCCAACGCCGGGAACUCGGUCACUUGGGGCGCGAUGGAUCCGCUCAGGGCCCAGCAGCUGGCAGCUGAGCUGGAGGUGGAGAUGAUGGCUGACAUGUACAACAGAAUGACCAACGCCUGUCACCGGAAGUGCGUCCCUCCCCACUACAAGGAGGCAGAGCUCUCCAAGGGGGAGUCUGUGUGCCUGGACCGCUGCGUCUCCAAGUACCUGGACAUCCACGAGCGCAUGGGCAAGAAACUGACAGAGCUUUCCAUUCAGGAUGAGGAGCUGAUGAAGAGGAUGCAGCAGGGGGCAGGGCCAGUGUAGGGGUUUGCUCUUGAACAUGGACAGCAUGCAUGAUUGGCCCAGUGGCCCCAGCAUUGCAUCCUGGACUCAACCCUGUGACCCCCAUCAAUAAAACCUCUGCAGUUGUGUAUAA